GUUCCGCCGCGCGAGAUGAGCGGUCUCGCCGAUCCCCCGUCCAGAAGUCCGCUUAUCCUCACUGCUAUCGAUGCGCCCGGCAAAACCCGCAAGAUUCCUGUCCUUGCCUCCUCUGUUCCUCCCUCCAGCCAGUCCACCGGUGACCCCAUGGAGGUUACUCCUCCUGCCUCGGGUGCCGCGCCCCCCAUCCAUAGCAGUCCCGAUAGCGAUCGGGCGGGCGCAAACAACACCACCGCCACCUCCAAUGGCUCUACUGAACCUUCCAAUGUGAAUCACCAUGCCGCUCCCACUCAAGCCAUCGGUGCGGCUGCUGCUGCUCAGCAGCCCAAGGUCGUUCAGACGGCCUUUAUCCACAAGCUCUACAAUAUGCUAGAAGAUCCCAGUAUUCAACACCUCAUCUCAUGGUCGAGUACGAAUGAUAGCUUCGUCAUGUCCCCGACUUCCGAAUUCUCCAAAGUCCUGGCUCAAUACUUCAAACACACCAACAUUUCGUCCUUCGUCAGGCAGCUGAAUAUGUACGGAUUUCAUAAAGUGAGCGAUGUAUUCCACACCGGUUCGCCAGACUCCGCUCUGUGGGAGUUUAAACAUGGGAAUGGCAACUUCAAGCGCGGAGAUCUCGUCGGUUUGCGAGAGAUCAAGCGGCGCGCAUCCCGUCAUGCAUUGAUUCAUCGCGACUCGUUUCCUGGUCACAAGGCCGCCGCCUCCCAGCCCGGCACCCCCGCUGAGCCAGUUCCCGAUGUUACCGAGUCCCGCUUGAUGAACCUGGAGCACUCCAUGUAUGACUUGCAUGCUCGUUUAAGGAACGCCGAAGAAGGAAAUGCGACCCUCAAUGCGAGAUGUCAAUCCAUGGCCGAGAGCUUAACCAGGUGUUACCACUGGACUCACUCCAUCUCACGGUUCCUCCAAGGCAUGAUCCCCGAUCGCGAGAGCCUUCUGUAUCGAGACGUGGCAACCAUGCAGGCGGAAUUGGAGAAGCAUCUUGAGGCUGUGCGGGCCCUGGAGCAUCCUCCAGACCCGUACUUGGCCGUCCGACAACCUUACGUCACCGGCAUUUCUGGCGAUGCAGGUCCGCCGCUGUCGCCGCGCCAAAUGCCCCCAGAAGAGAGUCGCCGCCCAUCGAUGCUGGACCCCUCGAGGGCCGGUAUGAUUCGACCCCCUGUUCCGCCUCAUCUGGCCGUCUCUCCACGGCGAUACGGGUCAAUCGGCACCGGAAAUUCUUCCCCUAGCUACAAUCGUUCGCAAGUGCCAACGGUCGUCACUCCGCAGCAACCAAUGCCUCAUCCUCUUUCCUCCGUUUCCUCCCCGCCUGGGCCUAAUCUUGCGCGUCGGCACACUUCGGCGGACAUCAGACAGCAUGGCUGGCCGCCAACGGGAGUGUCGCCGUUCCCUACCGCCCAUCCACCGCCUCAGCCGGCGAACCCCUGGUCUCCGUCUCGACACCGCACUCCGACGUCAAGUGAACAGUCAGUCCGAGAUGUGUUGGCCCAGUAUGAAAUGGGGGCGCCGCGGCGUCUGCAGGAAACUCGACACCCCACCCCCCCGUUGCACCCCGAUCAGAACCCCCCGACCGACAACGGCUGGUCCUUAGGACCUAGAUUUCCUCGACACGAAUCGUCCUUGCCAGCAACUCGACGUUCUAGCAUGGCCAGCAAUGUUCAUUCGCUCCUAAACCCGGCUGAUACUGCGGAACGGCCGGACGAAGACCAACACGCCAUGGCUGACGAUCGAAAACGGAAGCGAUUGGAAUAAAUCCAACUUCGUCAUUUUUACUUGCUGCAUUCAUACCCUUGAUCCGGGGAUUCUCGCAGGAGCAUUGCUUGGUGCUGAUAUUCGGGACCCGACCGGAAUCGGAGCUGUAGAUUUCUUGUUCUUCGGGGCGCACGUUUCUUUUUAUAUUUGGAAAGGGGUAAAGGAAAAGCAUAUCACCAGGAGAAACUCACGCUCAGCCCUUCAUUUCUGGACUGGUACUGCAUCUUGUGGAGUAUUGCCCAUCUGUACUUUCUGUGUUUAACUUCUUUUUGGGUGGGAACAUCUACUGUACAAUUGAUACAACAUACAUGGAUUCCAGCAUGUUGGAACCCAUGCUUACCGGGCAUGGUUUGGAUGGCACUAAUUUGUUUUUCUAUAUUUCUUGGACAGCAUUGCUUCUUGAUGGUGGAGGCCCUUGCACAGACGACCGUUCUUGGGCUGCACCGCCUUCCUGUUGUUAUAUUAUAUACCCUGGGUUUGGGGUGGUGGUGCACGAUAUUGUGUGGGUAUAGUAAUUUAGAUUUGCAGUGGACAUAGUGAUAUUCGGCUGCAGGCGCACAAUCAUUUGAGUCUUUUGGAUUUGAUAACAUUAUCAGACGUAUUCACGAACAAGUAAACACAG